AAUGUUAAUUUAUAUUGUCAGUUUUUAAAACUUGCAAGCAUAGUUUCAUUUUGAGAUAUAUGAUUUUCAAAAUAAAAUUAAAAUAAUAAAAAAGUAAAAGAUUUUUGUCUGUUAAUGAUAUAAACCUUUUUAUCAAAACAUGUGCAAAUGCGAAUGUUUAUAUAAAGCUUCGGCUAAUUGAUUCGCAAGUCAGUUUGCCGGCAGUUUCAAAACAAAGUGUGUGGCUUGGAAAUACAAAAGGCUUAACUUAAAAAAUUAUAAAUAACCGGUUCCUCCCUAAUAAGUGUACUUGGAAAAGUCUCUAAGCAAUGAACUCCAGCAGUUAAUGCGAAAUAAACCAUAUGCGAUUUUAGCACCUUUAGUGCACUGCUGGACCAGAAGCUAGUGCCUUUCCUCAAGAUUUGUCCGAAGACAGCAAAAAGCGAAGAAACUAAUUGUUGGCAGCGAUGCUAGGAGAAAGUGAAAUUAGCAGAGCAACUACAACAACGACAUUGCCAGUGGUGUCCGGACAACAACAACAACAUCCGGGAACAACGCCUAAACAGAUGCGUAAAAGUAAAACCAAUCAGUCGGUCAUUAUGGCUCGCAAUUACAAUGCUGCCAACUCUGGUGGCAGUGGCAGUGUUGUUACCUCCUCCAAGACGCCGACAAUACUGACAAAGGCCACAAUCGACAGCAAUCGAGCAGGCAAUCGAAGUUCGACUGUAGCUGCCAAUGGACAUGAAAAUUCAGGUGGUUUCGUUGAUGGCAUCGAGAUAUAUCUGGGUCUAGUCGGAUGGCGUAAAAAGUGCCUCUAUACGUUGCUGUUGCUCCUAAUGCUGUUAAUUAUUACAAAUCUGGUUCUCACCUUGUGGAUACUCAAGGUCAUGCAGUUUUCAACGGAAGGUAUGGGCCAACUCAAAAUUGUACCCGGAGGCAUCCAACUCUCUGGUCAGGCGGUAAUAAUGGACAUGUUGCGCGCAUCCACAAUACGUUCUAGACACGGACAACCCAUAUCGAUAGAAUCAUCACGUAAUUUUUCAAUAAAUACACGUGACCCAAACGGCGUGCUCGAGAAUCAUUUAUUCUUGGGUCAUGAUAAGUUCGAGUGCCUGUCGGCGGGAUUUCGCGUCAACGACACAACCGGACGAAAUUUAUUUUCCGUAAAUCGAAAUGAAGUCACAAUUGGAGCGCACGCUUUGCGGAUCGAAGGCGAGGGUGGCGCCAUCUUUCGGGAGUCAAUACAAACUCCACAUGUGCGCGCUGAACCGGGUCGCGAACUGAGGCUUGAAUCCCCUACACGUCAAUUAGAGCUGACUGCGGCCAAGGACAUUAACCUGCAGUCCCGAGCUGGAGGUAUUGAGCUCCUGGCUCUGGAGGAUGUCAAACUACGAGCACUAGACGGUAGUUUGCGUUUGGAAUCAUCGAAAAUAUUAAUGCCGAAUUUGCGUACAGCGCAGCCACCAAUAUUGGGAGGAUCUGCGCAGAGUCGUGAUCGUGACCGUGAACGUGAACGUGAUCGUGAUCACAUGCACCGAGUCUUCCAGUUGUGUGCCUGCUUUAAUGGCAAACUCUUUUUAGCGGCACCUCAUUCAAUAUGCGCCGGUGACGAUUCUACAGUUUGCAGAUGAUUUUUUAAGCUGUCAAUGUCAAUGUCAAUGCGAAUGUCAAUGUCAAUGCGAUCCUGGCAUUAGGAUAAUGUUACUAUCCCUAGAAAUCAAAACAUAAUGCAAGUAACUGCGGCCGCUACAAAUAUAACUAAUCGUUAAAUAAAUAAACAAGCAAAUAAACCUA